CAACAGACACCGACAGGAGAAGAGCAGCCUUGCGAAACCCCGCCCCGCUCAGUGUCCCUUCCUCUGCACAUGGGCAAAUGAUCGCAAGCCGCGAGGACAGCGGCUCUCCCUCAAAGGCGACAGUUAGAAGCCCGCGAAUGGGCAGAGCGGUGGUUGCGGAGACCAACGAAUCAGCGAGCGGUAGCCUCGUCGACAACAGGGGGAGCUCCGCCAAUAGGAGCGCGGCGGCGGUUUAAAGAGCGUUGCUGAGUGGGCGGGCGAAGGUUUGAAUUCAAAUAGCUUCGGAGACUGUUGGAGGAACGCGGAGGGUAGGCGGCCGAGGCCUCUGGAGUGCGCAGGAAUCGUGAGGUAUUCGGCCUGCCUGCGUCUGGUUUCGGGGUGUCGUUAAGGAAAGUGGUUACGACCUUGAGCUGUGGCACUCGUGAGUAAAGGCGGAAGGCGCAUCCCAGGGAGCCGUAGCGCUUCUGGUAAAAAUUGUGAGCUCAUAAAUGGCUCUGGGGUGGGAUAGGUGCCCAGCAUGAAGGAAACGUCUAGAAAGCCCCGUUUUCUCUGCGUAGAAUGAGAGGGAGUGUCGCAUAGUAGUUAGGCUGUCUGAUCCCAAUUGAGGAGGCCUCAGUGCUUGGUUGCAUGCACCGUAAAAACACUGAAAGCACAUCUUUUUCCCUUCCCCAAGUUUCCUGGGAACUGGUUUGUUAAGGGUGCUGGGAAUUGUAGCUCUGGGAGAUGUAAACUGCAGCUCCCAGGUUUUUUUGGGGGUGGGGUGCAAUGUACUUAAAAAACCAUAGUUUGAAGCAGUGCUUUUUUCCCUAGAAAAAGAGGUGCUGGUAUUGCAUACCCACAAGUACCCCCUGAAAAAAAAAGCACUGGUUUGGAGGUACCCCAAGGAUCAACUGUAAUCUUCAAAUUUUAUUUGUUACAUGUUACAAGGUUGAGUUUCAUCAGAACAAAGAAACAAGGUUGUGUGGCAUGGGUUGUGAGGUAGUUUUGAAGAGUUAAAGAAUAAAGGGGCUUAUAAAAUGUAUGGGGGUAACACUAUGUAAAGAGGCCCAAGGACUGCCAUAAAGCUGUAGGUUUUCCAAAUGUUUGAGCACAUUUUUCAACUUGCCCUACUCCUAGGAAAAAGCAAAGCUGCACUUCACUCUCAAGAUACAUGCAUAUAUAGUCCUAGUAGGCAGAGAUCCUUCCAGUUGUGGGGAUAACCCAGUUUUAUUUACUAUUUAUAGUUUAUUAGUGUUUGCAUUACAGUCAUACCUCAUGUUACAUUUCUUCAGGUUGUGUCCCGCGGUGACCUGGAAGUACCAGAAAGGGUUACUUCCGGGUUUUGCCGCAUGCGCAGAUACGCAAAAUGACAUGCGCAGAAGCGGCGAAUCAGAACCCGUGCAUGCACAGACGCACCACGGCGGGUUGUGUUCUUUUCAUGUUGCAAACGGGCCUCCGGAACGGAUCCCGUUCGCAACCAGAGGUACCGCUGUAUUUCAAUAAAGUUAUUUUCUUCCUUUCUCACAUCCAUAAAACACAACCCCAUCAUUUCUGCUGGAUAAGCAGAAACAAAACAGCUACACUUUGACUCAUUUACCUACUUGGGCUUCACCCUCUGGGACAACCUGCAUAUUGUAAUAGCCAAUAAUUCACCUCUGUGGAAAGCAUUGAGAACUUCUUCCAAAUCAAGUUUAUCAGUAUACCAUAGCUUGUUUACUCCUUCAGAUCUUAAAACCGAAAAGCCUUCUGGGCAGUGAUAAAAUCUUCAGGCAUUUCCAAAUAUCGGGUAGUAUGAGCUGCAUCAGGGAAUUCUAGUGUGUCCUUAUUUGCUUCUAUUAAGCUGCCUAAAUAUUAUCAAGAAGUGGGAUUAAUGUUUUGGGGGCCUCACUGCUUUGACAGGCAUAGAAUUGUAUAUUUUAUCAAAUAUGUCAAGCUCACUGGUUUUAGAAUCAUUGGAUUAUAGAUUAUAGAAGUGAGAGCUUUAAAUAACUUGAAUUUCCUGUUUUACACAAGUUGAAUAACUGAAUUUCAUUUUCUCCAGGCAAUAAUGGACAAAGCUUGUAAAGAGAAUCUGAAUUCUAAUUCAGCUCAUAAUGGCAAGGUAAAGUGAUCUUCAGAUACUGAGCAUAGUACCGUAUUUUUCGCCCUAUAGGACGCACUUUUCCCCCUCCAAAAAUGAAGGGGAAAUGUGGGUGCGUCCUAUGGGGCGAAUACAGGCUUUCACUGAAGCCUGGAGAGUGAGAGGCUCUCGCUAUCCAGGCUUCAGGAAGCUGUGCACAACCCUCCGGAGCCUGGCGCCAAGCCGUGCUGGCCUCCAGAAGGUUGCGCAGAGCUGCCUGCUCUCCCGGGCUCCGCACAGCUCUGCGCGACACUCCGGAGCCCGGCGCCAAGCCGUGCUGGCCUCCAGAAGGUUGCGCAGAGCUGCCUGCGCUCCCGGGCUCGGCACAGCUCUGCGCGACCCUCCGGAGGGUUGCGCAGAGCUGCCUGCAUUUCGAAGCCUCUUCAGCGUGCCCGGGCUUCGCCCAGCUGUCCGCAAGCCUGGGGAGACCGGCGCGGCUCCCUAGGCUUGCGGAUAGCAGGCUGUUCUGGGGUCGGGGGAAGCUCGGGCUUCCCCCAUGCCAGCCCCGUGCCUGGGGGGGAAAUAUUUUUUUUUCUUUAUUCCCCCCCCCCCAAAAAAAAACCUAGGUGCGUCCUAUGGGGCGAAAAAUACGGUAAAUCUUGGCUAUGUUAAUCAGAGCUACAGUUCUUACUGGAUUAUUUCUGUAUGUGACCAAAACUGAUAUUUGAUAGUGCUGGAGUGAAUAAUUAACAUGUGGAGUAAUGUUCCCCAUCUAUUAAAGGGCAAGUCUAGAUGAAUGCUUGCAUAAAUGCGGUUUUCUGUUAUGUCCAAACUUGGGACUCUGUAGCUGCAAAUGAAAUGUUUUAAAUGUGUUGUAAAGUGCAGUAUACAAAUGUGACACUAGAUGAUGAGAGUGAGCUAUGCCAAAUUCAAUGUAUUUUUCAAAACUUAAAAAAAAAAGCAUUUUCACAGCGUUUUUAUGUGUUUAGAUUCCACCUUGGGAAGCUAUGGUUUUUUCUCAUUGGUCAGUUCAGACAAACUAGGAUGCAAUAUCUCUUAGCUUGCUAUGCGUGAUAUUUACUGUUGUUGUUUUUUAAAAAUCAGGCAGCUAUUGUGGAUGGUGCAAGACGGGUUCCUGUGACCCAGAACCAGACACCUGGAAUUGAAGUCCAACAGCAGCGUGUUCUGACUCCUUUAAAUGUUGCUCAGCGGGUGCCUAUUCAGCCUCAGGCACAGAAACCUACUGUUGCCAGUGCAAAACGUCCCAAACAGUUAACUCAGCAUCAACCAACACUUCUUGUUCAACCAACAUCUAGGAGUCUAGGUCCAAGUAAAGCCACUGAAACGUCUCGGCAGCCCUCUGUUUCUGGUAAAUAGUGCUGUUCAAAUGUGUCCACCUCUGUAACAAAUGUGUUGGUUGCUAUUCUGUAUAAACUUCAUACUAAAAUGGUUACAAAGUCAAGAAGUUGCUUGGUGGCUUAGGGCCUUAGAAAUUCAUAAGAGAAACCAAAUUACUGCAGGAAAAAAAACUUUGCAUAAUGACCUGAGUAGCAACUUGGGCUUGGAUGCUAACAAGGUAUCUGAACAGAAGGGUUCCUUUUGUUCAUGGAUGAUACUGAGAUGCUGAUUAAUAUUUGUUACCUGCCUUUCACCUUAAGGUCCCAAGGUGGGUUACAUUUAAAGAUAAUAUAAUGCAAUAAAACAGUCCCACCCCAAAAUGAUAUGCCAUAUAUACAUAACAAACCAGAUGGUACUUCAACUGUCAAAGGUCAAAAAGGGGUAAGCCUUCAGUGUGCACAUAAAUCUGUAAAGAGAUAUUGCUUGAUGCACCUCUAUAGACCAUCAGCUCCCCGCAUUUCCAAAGGCAAUGGCACCAUAUAAGAUGAGCUUCUUUUGCAAAUUGUCAUGUCCUAAUUGGCACAUAGAUGCUCUUGAAGUUAUUGGGACCCAAAUCAUGUAUAGCAUUAAUAUCAAGGCAAGUACCUUGAAUUAGGCUCAGAAAAUUAGGUCUCUGAUAGGAAACAAGAAUUCAGUUGUAAUAUGUACAGGCAACUCCUGUUUUGUGUACAUGCAGGCCGUUUUCAAAUCUGGAAGAGGGGGUGAUGGGGGUGGGGUAGGCUUAUGUGCCCUCUGCCGGCAUGCACUAUGACCCAGAACAGAACAGUUGUCCAAAACGAGGGUUGCCUGUAUUACAUUUUGCACUGGGGCCCUCUUCUCAGUUCCUAGAAUGCCCAGCUGGCAGCUAAUAUGUGGAUGUCUCAUGCAAAACAACCCUUUCACUUGUAUAAUUAAUCCAGGGAAGGCCAAUUCAUAGCAUGAUCCUUAACAUUCCAGAGCAGGUUUUCAAGGGACCCAAAUGGCUCCAGAGAGAAGCAAGACAUUUUUGAAUGUCUCCUGGUGUUCAAUAGCUGGAGUGUAAUGCAAAUAGGAACCUGCUCUUGGGGCAGGGCUGUCUUUAGCAUAUGCGCUGCUGGGGUGCAAAGAUCUGCCCAGAGCCCCCAAAUUUAGUUUAGCCCCCAAACUGACCCGUCCCUUAGGCGAAAGAAGGGAGACAGAUGCUUGCAUUGCAGCCACAGGAGGUGCCUCCGGAUGGCUCCUUUCUUCCAUACCUCGGCUCUGCCUCUGGUGAAGACCCUUCUUCCUCCGUCCCAGAAGAAUCACUAUAUUUAACGUGCUGGAAAUAAACUAACCUCUUCUCUCUCACACACCGCACCUUAAAUCCCGGGAAGCCAGACAGCGUUGACUCACCACCCACCUUUGCUGCUGGCACCCUCAUCGCUCUGGUUAAACUUGAAGAGGAAAUUGAAAUCGAACUUGGGCUCUUCCUUGUCCAGGCUGAUCAUGGCUUGGGAGGGAGACACAGAUCAAGCAAGCAGAGUUUCCCGCAGGAAACGGGAGGUGGUGGGCACUCCUGACUCUUUCCCUUGGAAGGUUUUAAGCAGAGCAAGCUUGGAUGGCUUGAGUUGAGAUUCCUCGUGGUCAGUGGCACCUUUGACACGACUAAUCUCACGCCGCCUGCCUGCUGGCGCAAGAUCAGUCAUGUCAAAGGUGCCACUGACUUUGCUGCUGCAUAGCAGCACCCCUUGCACCCCUAGGUAAAGACGGCCCUGCCUUGGGGUAAUUCCCAGUAGAAGCUUAGGCUCCAAUUCAUUGAGAUGGUGGCAUGGAGUGUUACUUAGUGGUGUAAAUGACCUAGAUACACUCUACAGAAAGCAUCUGCAGUCAUUUGUAUUGCAGGUGGGAGGACUUGGAAACAGUCCAAAAGCCACUUACUGGUCUUGAGCUAGGAGCUUUUGUGUGAGCUUCACUAGCUUCCGGGGGGGGGGGGUACAUAUGUGGCAAGUAAGUAAGAUUGCUACCCAAGCUGCUUAUAUUCAGAAUAUUGAUUGGUCUGCAUGGUUUUCAGGUGAAGAUAGUUUAUUUUGUGUGCUGGAUAUAAAGCACGAAGUUUACCUUCUGAGGAGGACAUUUUAAAACACAAAUUGCUAGAGAGUAGUGUCACUUCAUAAAGUCUGAGUGUAUUGAACUUUUCUACAUGCAGGAAAAAAAGCUGAACCAGGUGUAUCAAAUCAGAAGAAAGAGGCAAAAGGGGUGUCAAAUUCAAACAGUGAGACCAAAAAGUAAGUUGUAUACUUAAUUUACUUCCAUACAUUAUUUUUUUGUAGGAAGAUGAAAAACAAAUCUGUUGUUGUUAUUCAUGAUUACUUCUUUUUGCAGCUUUUGGCAAAUCUCUUAUCACGUAAAAUCCAGCCCCCCAUCUCCAAACCAAACUGGACUCCAUCUCUCCAAAUCUGACUUUUUCCAGGUUCGUUCGUCGAAUCCAACAACUCAUAUUCCUGCUGGGCCACAGUUCCCUCCAUCUCUGCCUCCCGAGGUCCAGCAACAACCUCCUCCCUCAUCUGAUCUGUCAAAGCACAUUCCUGGAUUAAUUCCUGAGUGGGUUCUAUAUAGGUACCCACUGCCUGUCCAAAAUUUCCGAUCGCAACAGUCAUCAAAUCCAUCUUUUCAUGUAACUGUUCCAAUAAAGCACUUGUCUUGCAAAAGGCAAGCACCAGAGCCUCCGAGUACAUUCUUGUUCAAGGUCAAAGUCUGGUCCCACGAUCUUAAUCUAUUGCAGCUGCAAAGCUCCCCAGUUCGGUUUUAAUAACAGUUUCACAAGCUCCCUCUAGGGGAAACAAUUUCUAUUUUUAUCCAUCUCUUCUUUUUUUUUUAAAGCAGAUCUAGCAACAAAGUUUCCUUUUUUGGAUAUUUUGUCAAUAUUUUGUUCCUUUUAAAUGCGAAGGGGAACAAUGGAAUCAAUGUUUCUCUUCUUUUAACUAUCUGUCAAAAACGUUUGUCCAUAGUCAAUGAACUUCCCAAGAACGUCUGUCCUGACACCCCGCUCCCAGGUUCAAGACGGUGGAAAAUUGCUUUUCUUCACUCUUCUGCAGGUUUAAACAGUCUAAAAAAGGUUUCCCCCUCUUCUCCUGCUUCCAAGGGGGGUUCAGUAAUUUUAAAUGAUGAAAAUUUGAUCCUUUACAGACGACUUUCUAAACUCUAGCUUGCCGUGUCUUUGCUUAAAUCUAUCUACAAAAGCGGAAGGCGGACUUCCUGUUUAGACCUUCCCGCUUCAGUGCCAAAUUAAAAAAAGUUUCUUAAUCCAAUUUUCCGUUCGACUCACGGGCAGUUGUUUAAAAUCCAAUUGUCCACAGGAAAAAGUCAGCACUCUCCAAACAGCAAUGCGGCUUCACUCCGUGAAAGAAGCAGUCGAUUCAAAGCACCGCGCCACUCACCCCACGUCGCUCUGGAUCCCCGAAACCGGGUUUCCCCGCGAGUAGGGGGGGGCGCAAAGGUGCCAGCCGAAUCCCACGUCCACAGGCUUCUCCCGCCUGUGGUUUUUAAUGGGUCUCCGCCUCGCCGUGGCAGUUCAGACCCUGUUUUCCACGGAGCGGAUUCCUCCCGAUCGGAGGAAAUCCGCCAUUGCCAGAGGCGCCAACCCGGAAGUCACAAAACAAACUUUUGCAUGUUAUGUUACUGAAUGCCUUGUAAUUGCCAGCAAGUUUACUAAUUUGGGACAGGACCAUAUGCAUGAAAGUAACUUCUCACUUCAGAGAGGCAGCUGUAUUACCUUGCGACAACCUAAAUAAUAGCUUUAUUUUCUAGAAAACAGUGGUCUCUUGAUGACUUUGAAAUUGGUCGUCCUCUGGGAAAAGGAAAAUUUGGAAAUGUAUAUCUGGCUCGUGAAAAGGAAAGCAAAUUCAUCUUGGCGCUGAAGGUCUUAUUUAAAACACAGCUGGAAAAAGCAGGUGUUGAACAUCAACUGCGGCGAGAAGUAGAAAUACAGUCUCAUCUUCGGUAAGAUUGAUUUUAAAUGGCUGUUUUGAAUGGGUUUCUAUGUUUGCUAUCUUAAGCAGGUUUUUAUUUUUAGAAGCAUUCCACAUUUGUGUUUGUGUGUGUACACACACACACAUAUAUAUACACACACAUACACACAAUGCUAUAUCAUAAAAAUCAAUCCAGCUUACAAGAAUAUAUAAUAAAAGCAAGUAGAAAUUUAGAGGCAAUCAACUCCAGAGGAGUUGUCUAGAGGAGGGCAACCAAAAUGGUCAAAGGCCUGGAAACGAUGCCUUAUGAGGAAUGGCUAAGGGAGCUGGGCAUGUUUAGCCUGGAGAAGAGGAGGUUAAGGGGUGAUAUGAUAGCCAUGUUCAAAUAUAUAAAAGGAUGUCACAUAGAGGAGGGAGAAAGGUUGUUUUCUGCUGCUCCAGAGAAGCGGACACGGAGCAAUGGAUCCAAACUACAAGAAAGAAGAUUCCACCUAAACAUUAGGAAGAAUUUCCUGACAGUAAGAGCUGUUCGACAGUGGAAUUUGCUGCCAAGGAGUGUGGUGGAAUCUCCUUCUUUGGAGGUCUUUAAGCAGAGGCUUGACAACCAUAUGUCAGGAGUGCUCUGAUGGUGUUUCCUGCUUGGCAGGGGGUUGGACUCGAUGGCCCUUGUGGUCUCUUCCAACUCUAUGAUUCUAUGAACUUAUGAAAAGAUGUUUUCUUAAUUGCAUGCAUAUGCCUGGCAGCACAGAAAAGUUUUAAGCAGGUGUUAAAAGUUUGAAACAGGUGCCUGCUGAAUCUCUAUUGGCAGAAUUUUGCAUAGGAUUAGGCUGAUGACACUAAAGGGUCUAUUUCAUGCUGAUGUCAAAUGAACUUUAUCCUACUCGGGGAAUGACCAAAGACACUCCUGUCAUUGCUCCCAGUGAUCAAACUCUGAUUUAGGCAGCCCCUAAGGUAUCCUGAAUAUAAGUUCUUCAGGUUUGUGUAAAUAAAAGGACAUUGAGCCAAGCUCAGCAGAUAGGCGCCCAGUGUAGAUGUUUUAUAAAAUGGUAUCACAUUUUAUUUGCAGCGUGCCCCCAUUUGCAAUCUGGGUGUCACAUUCUAUGUGCAGCCCCACAUAGAGUACACUGCAGUAAUCCAGCAUUAAAGUUACUAACACUUGGGCGACACUGAUCAGACUAUCCUCAUCAAAGAAUGACCAUAGCUGGCAAACCAGACAAAGCUGGUAAAGAACACUCCUAGCCACAGUGGCUCUAACUAACUUGGUGGUGGUUACAGAAUUUCUCAAAUGAUACUUUUAUUUAUUUAGCAAAUUGUAGGAGAUUGAGGGAGGCAUGGAGAAUUAUGUGCACAUCAUUUACAAAUGAAGCCAUCAUUAUUAAAGAUGCAUAUACUUACUUGUAGGCAUCCAAAUAUUCUCCGACUUUAUGGCUACUUCCAUGAUGCAACAAGAGUCUACCUAAUCCUGGAACAUGCACCACGUGGAGAAGUGUACAAAGAACUCCAAAGGCUUACUAAAUUUGAUGAGGAACGGACUGCUAAUGUAUGUUGACCUUGUGAGGAUAUUUUUUUCAGAACUGUGUAUGUGACCACAUUUGAAGCUAAAACUGCAAUUUUAGGACCAAACUCUUCCUUAGAGAAGGGCAUGAAAGGGUAGAUUCUUCUUUCACUGACUUGAGCCAGGGUUAUACUAAACAGCUUUGUUUCGCUAGUCCAAAAGUGGGAAACAAUAUCAGUAUAAAUGGGUAGAGUAAGGUAUGUUUCCUCAGUUUUGUGGAGUUGAGAAGUUCAUAGCUUUUCCAGUAAAAAAGGUAAAGGACCCUUGACAGUUAAGUCCAGUCGCAGACGACUCUGGGGUUGCGGCGCUCAUUCGCUUUACAGGCUGGGGGAGCCGGCGUUUGUCCACAGACAGUUUUUCUGGGUCAUGUGGCCAGCAGGAUUAAGCCACUUCUGGCACAACGGAACACCGAAACUAGAGCAGAGCACGGAAACACCAUUUACCUUCCCGCCAGAGCAGUACCUAUUUAUCUUUUGGGCGUGUUUUCGAACUGCUAGGUUGGCUUUUCCAGUAAAGAAUAUCCCAAAAUAGGACAGGAGGGAUUUCACUGGAAUAAAUAGGACAUUUAUAUGUGUCAGUCUUUGGCAAGGCUACAUGGCGGAUUGCAUGAUACAGGACAGUGCUUGGUGUGCAUGCAGAUGAAGCCUAUGGAAUUGGGGCAAGAUUGGUUGGGGUAGGAGUGUCUAUUAUUGUAGUGGCCUGAAUAUAAGCGUCACUUUUCCCCCAAAUUCCGAUUGUGAAAAGUUAGUGCUGCUUAUAUUCACAACCCGCCCUGUGCAUAGUCCCCCAUCCUCUCCCCCAAGGCCGGGGAAGGGAGAGAGCAAGGAAGGGGAAAGGCCAGGAGCAGUGAGGAAUAGAGCGGCUUAUAUUAGGGUAUUUUUUUCUCUCCCCCUCCCUCUAAUUUUAAAGGUGUGACUUAUAUUUGGGCCAAUACGGUAUUAAAAGUAGCUUCUUAUGAAGAAGAAGCUAUGUUGAGAGCUAUACUAAUCCAGCUUGGUGUCUAAUGUUUUGAGUUCUUUGUACUUGGCUGUGGGAAAGAGAGUCUUGAAUUAGGUGUGUCUAAAGGUUUUUGUCCCAUAUUAAGGAUUUGUUUGCAUCAGUGAUGCAGCAUGUUAUUGAUACACUGAGAAACAUUUUCUACCAUUUUACCCAUGCAUUUUAGGCAUUUGCAUAGCUUGAACAAUGCUUAGAUUGAACUCCUUAUAUUUGUAAUCUUCAUUUUUGUUCUACAGUAUAUCACUGAACUGGCAGAUGCGUUAUCAUAUUGCCACUCGAAAAGAGUAAUUCAUAGAGACAUAAAGCCUGAAAACUUGCUGCUGGGAUCAAAUGGAGAGCUAAAGAUUGCUGACUUUGGAUGGUCUGUGCAUGCUCCAUCCUCUAGGUAAGCGAAUCAUAGAGCUGGAAGGGACCAGAGGAUAAUCUAGACCUACCCACUACAAUGCAGGAAUCUUUCGCCCAAUGUGGGGCUCAAAUCCACAAUCCUGAGAUUAAUCUGAGUCUCAUGCUUUACUGACCUGCGUUUCUGAGAGCUGAAGAAGCUUGGUACUAUGGAGACAGACAACAGAAUCAGAACUUGGCUAAGAGGAAAUUGUUUUGUUUCUGUAGGCAGUAAGCUUUGUGAAAAUAACUUAGCAUUAGUCUCUGAUUAUAAGAAUUGAGUUUAGGGAAACUACUGUUAGUUGAGAAUGUUACUUAGAUUACAAGGGUAUCAAGCAAGUGUUGAUUAGAUUACAAGGGUAUCAAGCAUGCCUAGAAGGGAUGCUCUUCUUCAGGUUGACCAUCAGCCAUGCCUUCCUCCAGUAUACUAUAUACUACUAUUCAUGGACAAAGUGCUUUACAAAGUGUUAAAUCAUGAAUGCAGAUCUAGAUGAGUGCGUGGGGAAAUAUCUUAAUAGUUGUGUGUGACAACCUUCAGUUGUUAGUCUGUGCAUCAUUUUUGUUUUCUAGGAGGUCGACUUUGUGUGGUACCCUUGACUACUUACCACCUGAAAUGAUUGAAGGGAGAACACAUGAUGAAAAAGUUGAUCUAUGGAGCCUUGGUGUCUUGUGUUACGAAUUCCUAGUAGGAAAGCCUCCUUUUGAGGCAGACACAUACCAGGAAACAUACAGAGCCAUUUCAAAGGUAAGUUGAAUUAUAACGCUGCUUGAUUUAGAAUCUGAGCAUUUCAUGGUAUAGGAAUUAACUCUCAACUAGCUGUUAUGGAACUUGCACUUUCCAGGUUUGGGGCCUAAUAUCAUUGACUUUAGUUCAGGAGUUUUCAAUUAAAGAACUAGAAUUUCUGAUUUUUAAAUGUGUUGUCUUAGUAUUUUUUUGUAUUCUGGUAAAUCCAGGUUGUCCUCCCCAACAGGUUCAGUUGCAAGAUUUGAGGUGCAAUCCUCUGGCACACUUACCUGCUCAAUUUGCGUUUCCCAUUUGCAGUCCACUGUGGAAAAGCAGCCUAGGACAGACAGGCUUGAACAAGUUCUCUGAGCUAGUUCAAAAAUAGAAGUAUGGGAUAACACUAGUUAAAUAGAACCCACAGUGACGCAGAAAGAGACUGCUAAGCAAAAAGGCAAGAGAAAAACCAUGAUUACUAAUGUAUAGUGGGGGGGGUGGGGGAAGAGUCUAAUGGUUAUACUUAAUAGUUCAUGCACCUUGAAUGCAUGCUUUCAUAGAAACAUGUCUAAUGAUGACUAUUUCUUUGGUUUAAAGGUAGAGUACAAAUUUCCUCCAUUUGUAACAGAGGGUGCUCAGAAUCUGAUUUCAAAGCUGCUGAAGCACAAUCCAUUCCACAGGCUGCCACUGGAGGAGGUGCUCAAACAUCCAUGGAUUAUUGCAAGCUCUACAAAAACUCCCAAGUAUAAAGUUGCUGAAACUACCACUGCUAAGAAUAUCCAGUCAUAGCACGUAGUUCCCAGGAACAAAGUAGUUCCGAUGAGAUCUGUGGUAAUCCAGCCAAUAUAGGCUGGUUGGACUCAAAAGGCAGAGCUUAUCGCAUUGUAAGCUCUGAUCAUGAACCUUACAAAUCAGGUCAUAAAGCAGUUUGUCAAUAUCUAACUUACUUGAAGUCCUCUUUGCACAUGCCACUCUGAGGCAUAGCUGGUUGAGGAUCGUCUCAUGUUCAUGGCUGGCAUUUCCCUUUUGGCCCCUUUUUGAUAGCAUCAUGAAACUGAGCCAUGGAUUAUUGUGCAAUAUGAAGCAGUUUAUGAAGCAGCAUGUCCUCACAAGAUAACAUCCGAAACACAUGUGCAAUGAAUGGAAUCCAUCUUUGAGUGUAACUGUAUUGUUUAGUUGUUCUUUUCCUUUAAGUUUUAAAUAAAGAUUUUUAUAACAA